ACAAACAUUAUAGACCCAACAAAGGAAAAGAAGAAGAGUUUGACACAAUUGUCGAUUAGUUUUUGUGUUUUUGCAUGGAUUUUCAUUUUCUCUAUAUUGUAGUGUUUAAAUUUUUGAGUAAAAAAAAUGUCAUCAUGGUUCACUGACUUAGCGGGAAAGGCUGAAAACAUUCUCAAUAAGAUUGAUCAAAAUGCGGCCAGUGUUUUGAAAAAUGAUUCAAACGACCGUGAUCAAUUGAUUGAAGUGAAAACAGGCGACGAUAUUGUCGAUGGAGAUAUCAUUAGGAAAAAUAGAAUAACAAAUGGUUCGCCAGCUAUACGAAGUAUUACGUCAAAUGCAUUAAAACUACCGAAAUCUCCGAAAAAAACUUUAUACACUCCGGUCGACCGAGCGACCCAAGACAAUGACGAAUCGAUUAAAAAUGGAACAAAACUGAACAAUAUUGUUAAUGGAGACGAUGGCACCAAAUUAAAUCUACCAAAAUCAAACGCAUCGAAUUCUUCACGUCGAAGCUCAUGCAGUUCACGCACUGAAGGAAUUCAAACAGUUAUCGAAUACCCAAUUGCCAAACAUUCCGCUGACACAUCGACCACAAAUGUCGAUAUAAUGCACACGUCUACAUCUUCUAGUUCAAUGCACGGCUCAAUUGAAGAAAAAAAUGAAAUGAUGGCAUCCCGAAUUAUUCUCGCCCAAUUGAAAGCGGAACGUGAUCAAAUGAAAUCCGAAAUUAUCGAACUAAAAAAUCAAUUGAUUAUUGCACAAAAGGAGGAUUUAGUAUCUGAAUUAACGGCCACAUGUGAUCAAUUGUCGACUGAUAACGAAAGUCUACAGCGAAAAAUGGAUGAAUUUGAAGAGGCAAAUAACGGUUACACCAAGACAAUUUCGCAACUCGAAGUGAGUGUGGCCAAAAUGCAUGAAGCCACCAUGGAAAUGAAUGAGAAACUUGCAAUGGCCAAAACUGAAACCGAACAAGCAGUCUUUGAAUUACAGCAAUACCGAUCAAGAGCACAGCACACAUUGCAAAUGAAAGAUGAACUAAUUGCCGAACUAAAGUCCAUGCACAAAAAAAGUGAUACAAAUGAUGAUAUGGAUAUUGAUGUGCAAUGCAAACAAAUCGAAUUGACCGCAAUGAAACAGGAGCGUGAUGCAUUUUUUGAGGAAAAUAAUAUGUUGCGCAAUCAAUUGAAUGCGAAUAAACAAAUAAUUAGCACGCUUGAAUGCAAAUUACAGGAAAUUGAAUUGCGAUCGAGUGACAGUGAGAAGUCGUUAUCAAAUGCACUGAAACAGGAAAAAUUGAAAUACAGCCAAAUGGAGGAGACGAUGCGUACACAGGCAAAAGAACUGAAGGUUGUUCGUGAUGAACUGAAGAGACAACAAACUUUAACGUCAACCAAAUUGCAUGAAAAAGAAAACGAGCUAAUUGGAUUACGCACCAAAUUAUCUAAACAGCAAAAUACAUCAGCAAUGCCAACUGGACUAAAUAGUACUGAUGAUCGUGUCUAUUCCCUAACGCAGUCGCUUGUACAAAAACAAAAUUCACUUGAACAGGUAACCGCCGAACGGAAUGCGAUUCGAAUUCAAUUGGAGAAAUUGGAGAGUCAACAUCGUGAAACUAUGACACUAUUGAGACACCAACGACUGCCGCAAAUCAUAAAUGUAAAUGAUACAGACGAUGCAAAAUCUCAAGUGCCAAAUUUUAUGCGAGAAAAUCCAUUUGAUACGCGCGUUGCGAGACGUAUGAAACGAGCGUAUUCAUCUUUGGAUGCGGCCGGGGUUCGAUUGGGUGUAUUCUUACGUCGUUAUCCAUUAGUUCGUACAAUGACUAUUGUUUAUGUGGCUGUUUUACAUUUAUGGGUUAUGUUUGUUUUGCUAAGCUCGACACCCAGUCAAACAAAUUAAUACGAAUUUUAUCAGACAAUAUAUUGAAUUAACUGGUCAGUUGAGCGAAAACAAUAGACGUUAUUGUUUUAAU